GAGCACAUGCACACGGUUCAGCAGGAGCAGCAAGCACAGGGCAGUGGCAGAUGGCAGCAAGAAGCCGUUCUGCUGGUCCUGCCCCUUGUGGUGUCCCUCCUCAAUGCCUUGAUGCCCCACCUGUUCAACCUGCUGGCCAUGUGGGAGAAGCAGGACUCCCCAGUGACACAGGUCUCCGUGGCCAUCUUCAGGAACCUCAUCCUGAAGGUGGUGAUUCUCAGCCUGCUGUGCUACCACUGGCUCAGCCGGAGCGUUAUCUGCUCAACAGAGGAGUGCUGGGAGACGUGUGUGGGGCAGGAGCUGUAUCGCUUCAUGGUGAUGGAUUUCAUUUUCACCCUGCUGGACACGCUCUUCGGGGAGCUCAUCUGGAGGCUGAUUCUGGAGAAGAGGCUGAAGACAAAGCAGAGGCCGGAGUUUGACAUCGCCCGAAAUGUGCUGGAGCUGAUCUAUGGGCAGACCCUGACCUGGCUGGGCGUUCUCUUCGCUCCGCUCCUGCCAGCCGUGCAGAUGCUGAAGCUGCUGCUGCUGUUCU